GCGCAUGCGCGUAUGGUGUUUUGUUCUGUCCGGCAGUGCUGUGAUUUAUGUUGUGUCAUGGAUAACCUGGAGGAGGAUCUGACGUGUUCUGUGUGUUACUGUCUGUUUACUGACCCACGAGUGUUGCCAUGUUCUCACACCUUCUGUAAGGGCUGUCUGGACAACGUCCUGCAGGUCUCUGUUAACUUCUCCAUCUGGCGUCCCCUCCGCCUGCCGCUUAAAUGCCCUCAAUGCCGCAGCGUGGUGGAGCUGCCAACCAACGGCGUGGACGCGCUUCCUGUCAAUGUCUGUCUGCGUGCCAUCGUAGAAAAGUACCAGCGUGACGACGGGCCACGUUCUCCCCCCUGCCCUGAACAUCCGCGCCAGCCUCUCAACGUUUACUGCGUCCAGGACCGCAAGCUCAUAUGCGGCUUCUGCCUCACGAUCGGGCAGCAUCAAGGUCAUGCCAUCGAUGACCUGCAGACAGCGUACAUGAAAGAGCGUGCCGCGCAGCCCCGUCUGCUGGAGCCUUUGAGAGGUAAGUGCUGGGAAGAAGUGUGCGGUCUGACGGAGCGUCUACAGCAGGAGAAGCUUCGGAGUGAAGAGCUCGUUCAGAAUGACCGUGAGGUGGUAUUGCACUUCUUUCAGGACCUCGAUCUCAUUCUCACCCAGAAGAAGGAGCAGUUCCUGCAGGCUCUGGACGGUGCGAGCGUGCUGCUGGCACGUGCAUACAACCCGCUCAUCGAGCAGCUGAAGGACAUGCAGGAAGAACAGAGCGACCUGAUCUCUCUCAGCUCCAGUGUUGAGAGAGAAGACUGUCCGUUGGUUUACCUGGAGAAGGUGCAUCAGCUGAGGGAGCGCGUGAAUGUGUUGAGUCAGAAAACAUUACCCGAGGUUCCCCGCCUUCACAUCACACCGCGAGCAGAGCAGUUCUUCGAGGAACACUGGGCACGUGUGACGAUCGUUGGGCUCAGAGACGGCCCGCUUCCAGAAAUUACCUGUCGCACUCAGGUGUGCUCGAUGAACGGCACUCACUCUACAAGUCAAACUCGGUUCUGGCGUCUUGUUCCAUCUUCAGCUUUAGUCCUGAUAUUGCUCAUGCUGAUACUGAUGGCACUGUGUUUGAACCCGAUGGGUGGAAGCAGUCUUGGGUUCUCAGUUCUGUCAGGAGUCAGUCAUAUAGUUCAAAAUGUUUCCAGUGAACUUCAUGACAUGGGGAAGUUUCUCCUCUGUCUGCUACAGAACAUCAACAUGACGUUACGCUCUUCUAUUUCGACUUUAGGGGAAAACACCUACCAACAUCUGCUCACCUUUCUCCAAACACUACACUAGUGUUGAACUGCUGCUGCUCAUGAAAUGUGAGCACAACACAUUUCCAUUCUUUGUGUAAAUUGUCUUAUAGAAUUGAACGCAACAAUUUACGCAAUAGUUUUAUGAGCGAGUGACACACAGUUGUUCUGCUCAACCAUUUUUGCUUAAAAUGUCUCAUGCAAAAAUGCAUGCUGAUAUCCGAUUGUUUAGAUCAACAUCUUGGUGGUUCUGCUUUUUAUGCUACCUUUUUUAAAUCACUGAUAAUUAAUUACAAAACUGAAAUGUAAAUAAUAGCUAUAUUUUCUCUGUCUCUACAUGUUUUCUGUUUCAAAACAACUGGUCUCAGUUAUAUUCAGCCUAUUGAAGCUAAGCAGGGUUGAGUCUGGUCAGUACCUGGAUGGGAGACCUCCUGGGAAAACUAAGGUUGCUGCUGGAAGAGGUAUUAGGGAAGCCAGCAGGGGGUGCUCACCCUGCAGUCUGUGUGGGUCCUAAUGCCCCAGGAUAGUGAUGGGGACACUAUACUGUAAAAAGGCACUGUCCUUUGGAUGAGACGUUAAACCGAGGUCCUAACUCUCUGUGGUCAUUAAAAAUCCCAGAGCACUUCUCGUAAAGAGUAGGGGUGUAACCCCGGUGUCCUGGCUAAAUUGCCCCCAUUGGCCCUUCUCAAUCAUGGCCUCCUAAUAAUCCCCAUCCACUAAUUGGCUCUAUAACUCUACUCUCUCCUCUCCACCAAUAGCUGGUGUGUGGUGAGUGUACUGGUGCACUAUGGCUGUGUCACAUCAUCCAGGUGGAUGCUGCACACUGGUGGUGGUUGAGGAGAGUCCUCUGUUCACUGUGUAAAGUGCUUUGAGAGUAGUGUCAGAAAAGUGCUAUAUGAAUGUAACGUUCAUGCAUUUAUUCAUAUUGUAAGCAAAACACUAAAGCACUGGUACCACUUUUCCUCUCCUGAUCCAAUAUCUCCAUUCUAAGUAUCAGGUGAUACUGAUCCGAUAACAGGGUUGUUUUUCUCUUUGUCAGUUUAGAAUAUCUAUACCUCACUAACUGAUAUUAGAUAAUGCGUAUUCCACACAGCCUCAUCAAACCGAUACCCGAUCCGGUUAAAAACCAAGUAUUGGAUCAUCCCUUACAAAAAAGCACAAUAUUAACUCGCAUGAACUGAAUUGUGAAUGAUGAAGCAUGUUCCUGUGCUUUAGCUUUAACUAACUCGUCAUAUUCCUUCUGUGUGGAGCUUUAAGGUUGAAUGUAAUCAGAUUAGAUGUUUCAGAGGUUUUAACGGUAGUUACAGCUGGUGAAAUUCUAACAGUGUAAAGCUGACAAACUCAAAGUGAUUCUUCACUAACAGUAUGAGCUGUAGGUUAAUCAGACAUGUUUUACAAGUAUAUAUGGACACCAAGUGCACCCUUGCAACAGGGUCUUAAAAUCUGUAACAAAGAGUGCUUAUUUUAUUAAUGCUGCAUGUCCAUCAGUAUAGAACAAUUUAUUGUAAAUCAUGUGGUUUAUAAAACAAGUCUGUAAUGAUCAGCAGGUUAGUAGCUGCAGUACUUUAACUACAUUUCCCAGGAUGCCUUCUUUACGUGUUUACCUAGCUGGCACUGAAGCAGAUAUUAGACAUUGUGCCUUUGUGUAAACUACAUUGAUUUGUACUAGAUAUGACAAAACACCUGUACAAAUCUAAAUCAAUAACCUUCAUUCGGUGUAUAUGGGACCUAGUUUAUGUGCUGUGUGUUUUAACUAUCAGUGUAUUUAAAUGUCUUUUCUGCAGCAUUAAAUAGAACGACAAAAUGACAAAACCAUUGAAACAUACAAAUAUACAGCCCUGCCCUCCAACGCAUCCUAUUGUUGGAACAAAUGUUUUGACAGAUUUCAGAUCGGUUUGUGCAGAAAUGACCUUUUUGUUUGCUGUACAUUCAUAAUUUCUUGUGAAAGUUUUUAUACGGUGCACAUCUUUGUGCUACCAGAAGUGAUUCACUGAGAACACAUUUGUUCCUGAAUCCUUUUAACUGUUUAUUGUAGAAAACGUUCAGAAUCGAGUACCACUGGUCUUAUUUUACGGUCUGUUCAAAUAUUCCAAAUCACACUUACAUGAGCCACCUGAACAUUUUAAUCUAGAGGCUUAUUAACAAAAUGAUUGACCAAUUCAAAAAUAAAUUGUAUUGAUGUGUUCAUUUGGCUGUAUGUGAUUUGACUAAAACACUCCAAUGUGAGACUGAGGCCACAUCCACAAGUUUUAU